CCCAGGAGUCCGACCACACGCGCCUGGGACAUGGCGAGGGAGCCGAACAUCCUGUUGACAGGUACUCCAGGUGUUGGAAAGACUACCCUUGGUAAAGAGUUGGCUGGAAGAACUGGAUUGACAUACAUUAAUGUGGGAGAACUUGCAAAAGAAGGUAAUCUUUAUGAAGGCUAUGAUGAAGAAUACUCCUGUCCCAUUCUGGAUGAAGACAGGGUGGUUGAUGAACUUGAAGAUAAAAUGAGUGAAGGUGGGAUAAUUGUAGAUUACCAUGGUUGUGACUUCUUUCCGGAGCGCUGGUUCCACAUUGUGUUCGUACUUCGUACAGAUAAUUCAAUUUUAUAUGACCGAUUGGAAAACAGGAGUUACAGUGGAAAGAAACUUGAGGACAACAUACAGUGUGAGAUUUUCCAGACUAUAUAUGAAGAAGCUAUGGAGUCAUAUCGGGAGGAAAUUGUCCAUCAGUUACCCAGUAAUACACCUGAGGACCUGGAGAGAAAUUUGGAUCAAAUCAUACAAUGGAUUGAACAGUGGAUGAAAGAUAACAAUUGAAUGUUGGCAAUUGUCAACGUCCUUGUACUAAAACAAAGGACUUGUGUAUAAAUGGCAAAUGUAAUCUGACAUAGCUGAUUUCAUUGAACUGUCUUUACAGUGGUAUUUUCAGCAGCAGAUAAAACAAAGGACUUUUAGGCUAUAUAAAGAUUUAAUUAAUUGUCAAAUAUUUACAUUUAAAAUUCGUGGUGUUCAUUGUAAAUAUUUUGCUUCUGAAUGAAUGUGUGAAGAUGAAGAAAGACUGCAUUUUUUCAUUUAUAAAUUGUCUAUUUCAAACAAACCACUUAUGUAAAUAAGACUUUAAAAAAAUGAUGAAUUUUGAAAAUAUUGUACAUUGAGAAGAGAGACAAGUUUUAGAAGCUUUUCAUCAGGACAUGUGCAAGAAUGUCAAAUUUACACCAACUGUGUUCCCAGUGCUUUCUCCAUGGCAAUCAAUCAGAAUGUUUGUCUCCUGUAGUGUAAGUUAUUGGUUGUCCAAGUUUGGCAAACUUGUGUUUGUGCUGAUGAAUAAGUUCUAUAUGUGUUCAAAAUACACUAUCCCAUAUCCCCCUUUGAAAGGCAAAUUUAAUUUAAGCUAGGUGAGGUAUUAAACUUGAACAGGAAAGCUUGGAUACAAUUACUGCACCAAGGUGACUGGACAUUUGUUCAAAGUAGGUGUGACCAUUGACUCACAUUUAAUAUGUUUCAAUUUACUCGGUGUUAGAUUUUAAAUUAAAAUCAAAAGAAUACUUCAUGCAUAAAGUACUUAUCCUGUUUUCUCUAUUCUAAUUUAUUAAUCUCAAUUAAAGGUGUUGGUUGUAUUUCCCUAAUAAUGUUUGUUACUGCUUUAUUUACUGCUUUACUGUUUUUUCCAUUAACUGGAAGGAAUGUUCUGAUUAAUUCAAUGUUUAUCUUGAUCUAUUUUUCCAAUAUGUAACUUGUCAUGCAGGACACAAAAAA